GGUUCCCUCGGCGGUGUUUUCGCGUGCACGACCUCAGAAGAAGACCUCCAGCCCUGCUGCUAGAGUUGAGCACGGACUUAGACGGUUCCCCCAUCUCAAGAUGCUGGUGCUACGGUACUUGGCAUCGUUUUAUCACUACGUCAACUACGAAGUCAGUGAUCCGCGGGUCAAUGAUUGGUUCCUGAUGAAAACGCCCUGGCCCGGCGCUGCCAUCCUGGGGCUGUAUCUGAUGUUCGUGCUCAAGUGGGGCCCGAAAUGGAUGGAACACAGAAAACCGUUCCAGAUCGACACCAUCAUCAAGUACUACAAUCUCGCACAGGUGGUCAUCUGUGCGUUCUUGUUUGUGGAGGGAUUCCGGCUGGGGUACCUGCGCGGAUACAGCUUUCUGUGUCAACCGGUCGACUACACACCGACGGAGAUACCGACAAUGAUCGCGCGGCGCUGCUACUACUACUUUCUCGUGAAGGUGCUGGAUCUGCUGGAUACGAUCUUCUUCGUACUGCGCAAAAAGCAGAACCAGGUUAGCUUUCUGCAUGUGUACCACCACACCGGCAUGGUGAUGCUGAUCUGGAGCGGCGUCAAGUGGUUCCCCGGUGGGCACGGUGUGUUCAUGGGCUUCAUCAACAGUUUCGUGCAUGUGGUCAUGUACGCCUACUACUUCCUCACAUCUGCCAAUCCCAAGAACAAAAACAACCUCUGGUGGAAGAAGUACAUCACGCAGCUGCAGAUUAUCCAGUUCGGCAUGAUCUUCCUGCAGUGGUUUGUGCUGCUGUUCCAGCCCAACUGUACCUUCCCGAAGUGGCCACUGUUUGUGAUUCUGCCGCAGAAUCUCUUCAUGUUCUGUCUCUUCCUUGACUUUUACUACCAAGCGUACAUAAAGCAGAAACCGGCGGACGUCGCGCGGCGGUCUGGUGGUGGCACGGUCGCAGACCUACCCCAGAACGGUAUCCACACGUGCGGCUCCAACGGCAAGUCGCCAAACGUGGAGUACAACGGUAAGGUGAGCAGUGACGCGGACUGCACAAAACGCAACUCAUCCAAAGAGGUGGUGACCUCCUAACCUCCGCGUGUCCCUGGUGGAGCCGGAAACGGGAACCCAACCCAACACAUGCCUCAUGCGUCACAUUACCGUAGCGGAAGAAGAGCGUUGUCCAGCGGGGGUUUUGCUUUGUUUUCUUUUCUGUGAAAAUUAGUCAAUAAAAAAACACGCCACUGGCCACUGCGCGCCAGUU